CUGGCUUAGACUGCUUUGACUGCUGUGUGCAUGCCAUGGUUCGCUUGUGGCUGGUGCUGGCAUCAGCCAGAGCUACACUGCUGGCAGAUGAUGAGUGUGCCAGUGACAGUUGCGCUCUGCACGCUUUGCAGACGCGAACACUGAGAAAGCUCGAGCCUGUGAGUGAUGACGUGCUGUUCGGCCACGAAGCUGAUGUGGAUGCAGCCCCUGUGGUGAGUGAAUGGCUGGCGCCAGCGCUGGGUGCUUCGGAGAGCUUGGACGACACACUGUUGGGAGCAUCUCCGGAAGUCUCCUAUUUGCCACCAAGUUCGCCCACGAGCGAUUUGAGAGUUCUCAAGAAAGAAAACAGCCUUUCUCCUCCAAGCAAAGCCACCCAGUACAACGGGGUGGCAUGGCCUGAGAUGGUGUUUCCGGGCACAGGCGAGAUGCACGUUUUUACCAUUGGUGAUUGGGGUGGUUUGCUUUGGGAGCAAUAUGGAGAUGGCACGGGUUUACACGUGUUCCCCUUCAUCAGGCCUUCCUGCAACAUCAAUGAUAUGAAGCAGUGCUUCAAUGAGACCGGUGACUCAACUGCACCUUGCAACGAGGCCUGUGGCUAUGUGGCUGGGGUGGACAACAAUGCUCAAGUGGUGGUCGCUGAGCAGAUGAAGAAGCGUGCCGCAAAGACAGGUGUGCAGUACUUCCUGAACGUGGGGGACAAUUUCUAUCCACAGGGGAUGAAUACGGGCUGUGGCAGCGCCAUGAGCCAAAUCAAAGAAGCGACCAAAGUCCAAUUCACAAAGGCCUUUGACUGGGUUUAUUCUGGGCCGUUGAGCGGGAAAGUUUGGUUGUCCGUGCUGGGGAAUCACGACUAUGGUGCUCGUCAAUUUGACUAUGCCUGGGACCAGCAAGUGGCCUUCACCUGGGCAAGUGACAGGUGGGUCAUGCCUGCGCUCUACUUUAGCCAGCAUGUUCGAUACCCUGAUUUGGGUUUCGAUGUGGAUAUUUUCAUGCUGGACUCCAAUGUCAUGGAUGCUCAUGGCCUCGAUGAACGCCCUGGCUCCAACCUGUGUCAUCGAAAGUACAACGUGCAGGCAGACUGCUCAGCCACCGGUGGACCAGCAUCUGUGGAGCAGUGUGCACAAUGGUUCUCGGAUCUUUGGAACAGGCAAGCGAGUUGGAUGGAGGAGAAGUUGAACACUUCCACGGCUGAUUGGCAGAUUGCCGUCACCCACUUUCCUUGCGGUCACAAGCUGCCGUGGUAUUCGAUGCUCCGCUCCAUGGGCCUUGACUUGCUGGUGACGGGACACAUCCAUGAGCAGCAACUUCAAUUUCUGCCGGGUCAACUGACCUGCCUCGUAACUGGCGGAGGUGGCGGAAUUACCUCUGAAAGGAGCCCGCAGGGUGAUGAUAGCCGAGAGUAUGGAUUCUUUGACUUGACCCUCUCAAAGUCUGCCAUCAAGCUGGACUUGGUGAACCACUUGGGGAAUGUGGUGCUGAGCCACUCCAUCCCACCCUUUUCUGGACAUGUAGGAGCUCCUGAAGUCCCUCCAGUUGCAGAGAAGCCCCAAGUGCCGAUUGAGAAAACUGAGAAGAGCCAAAGUGGUCAAAGUAGCACGGUCGGCGCUGCAUGUAGCAGCUCGGCACUCAGAGACUUUGUUGGACAGCAUGUGUCGAUUUCCAAAGAAGACUGCCACAAAAACACCCAGAAACGUGCGUGUUUGUAGGAACUUUUGCCAGGCCAACACUACAUCAAGUGAAGCCAAGAAGAAGAAUGGGAGUAACAGUCAAACCGGUCAAACUCGUUGAACGGUUGAACUUCGGUUGAACAAUGUUGAACUUGUUGAACAUAAUGUGAAGUGAUUUUAUUCUAUAUACUGGGCAGUGCAAUUUUCUGGUCAAUCUUGCAGAAGGUUUGCGAUUGCGCAAAGGAGAGACUGGUUUGCUUGUGCACCAUCCAAUUGCGACUCAGCAUCUAUUCUUCUACUCCCAGCACGCAAGCUAAUGUUGUUAAGAGCUCCAGUAAUUGUUCAGCAAGUGGUGUAUCGAGGCAAUCCAAAAUGUGCUGGCUUGGAUGGCGAUUGCUGCCCAACAGCUGGAGGAGCCAUGUUGGGAUGUUGUGAAAGCGCAUAAUUUUGAUGGACCCUUUUGAGCCGACGUGUUUGUUAAUGCAAGGACUUUCGAUUCCAAAACUUUUUAGUACAGCCAAAGAGCUGAGUCAAGAGCUCACACAAUCUCACACAGUCUAUGUGUGAGCAAAGUGAAGAGCAGCAUGAGAUCGACUCCGCUGUGUCACAAGUAGAAAGUGAGCUGUCUACUACACGUUAUUUCAGAUUGAAACGGA